GAGUGAACGGAUGCUCAAAGAGGUCAGGCUGGAGGCCCGGGGCUCUCGCUCUGUCCACCAGCCCCCGCCAGCCGCCAAGGAGACCACGGAGACUUGGAUAGAGAGAAGCACCCGCGUGUCCGUUCCGCGUUACGGGCGUGAGAGCGGCACAUCCUUGGAUAGCUCGGAAGGCACAGACAGCUCGGACGGCACAGACAGCGCACCUCCCACCGGCCAGGUCAUCAAUGAUGUGAAUUACACACAAGUGGUCUUCUCAACCCCUGGAGGACGAAGCAGGGAACCUGCCCUGGAUUAUGAGAACAUGAAGGAAGCCACGGAUUACGUCAAUGUCAAUCCACAAAGCCACAAGCACAGUUUCUGGGCAUUUUCGAACCCUGCUGUCUCCGAGCCGGUGGAAUAUUCUCAAGUGGUUAUAUGAAUUCUAGGGUUCUUAAAAAAUAAGGUACAAUUCUC